AAACCGGAAAGAGUCUGUUCCGUCGCUGGUCUCUCGUCCUCGUCUUCCUACAGAGCUGUGAGCAGAUAUCCUUCGCUGAGAUGCCUUUUAUCGUCCUGCAGAGUAACAUUCCGCCGAGCUCCUUCUCGGAGGACUUCGUGAAGAAGCUGUGCAGCAGCACCGCGGCCACUCUGGGGAAACCGGAGGAAAGGAUGAACGUGGUGGUGACCCCCGGGCUGCCGAUGCUGAUGGCGGGCUCCUGCUCUCCCUGCGUGAUGCUGUCGGUGUCUGCCAUUGGUGUGACUGACACUGCUGAGAAGAACAAAGAGCACAGCGCCAAGAUCUUUGAGUUUCUGACCAGAGAACUGGGUCUGACUGAAGACAGGAUUGUGAUUCAGUUCCAUGCGCUGCAGCCUCUCCAGGUCGGGAAGAAGGGGACCGUGAUGAGCUUCUUGUGAAGGAUGUCAUCUCGUGAUGCAGCUCAGUCUCAGAAAACCUCUUAUUUCACCUCACUAUUAAUCACACACUGAUAACUUCCGUUGUGGAUGAUUCAAAGACUCUUCCUAUUAUCAAUCCUGAAAUCACUUGUAUCACAGACUGUUGAAGACCGGACCUGAUACACAUAGAAAAAAACUAUCUGACUAUGAUUUGAAUGUGAUUUCUUCACUUUUAUUUCCUUGUCAGUUUUUUCCUCAGAACAUGGACUUUAACGUGUCAAGUGACCUAAACCUCAUCUGUACAGAGGGCUGAAACUGAAGAGCUAUUUUCAUAUAUUUUCAGUAAACAUGGCGAGGAUUUGAACUGG